GGGAGCCUCAGUAGGACUCCACUCCUCGACGAGGACGGAUCGAAAAGGUGUCGUCAAGGAUCUGUCGCUUCUUUGUCGGCCCGCGAGUGCGAAAAGGACACCCCGGUGACGCGCACCAGCCAUUUAAGACCUCCACCUCUAAUCCUAACCUUUAACCUUCCAGAAUCCGAUAUUCGCAGUGCUCCAAAUAUCACACACAUUGUUUCUACAAAAGGUGCCCGGUAACAUGUACGACCCGAGUUCCUAGAGGAUCUUCGCUUAUUUAGAAUCCCCGAAAAACCAAAAUGAACGGCCCGGUGUACGCAUCCUCUUGCCCGGCGUUGCAGUCUAACCUCUCCUUGCACAGCUCUUCGUACUACAGCGAGUACAGCGGCGCUACCAGGAGACGACUCUCUUCAACAGGUGAGGCGGACACUUCGGCGACGUCCAGCUACGAGGGAAGCGACAGCUCCGAGAACAGCGACGAGACGAGAUUGGAUCCUGUGAGCCAGGUCGAAAGGGAGCAGCUGGAGACCUUCUUCAGAGGCCUGAAGAGCCAGGUCUUCGUCUGCGAGUCUCUGGCCAAUCUCUACCUGGGGAACGCGUCUCAGACGGAAACCUGGGAGCUGAGAUUUACUGGGAUCCCUGUGGUGGUCCUCGACCUGGGGGAGACCAGAUCACGGUCCAAAAAGCGGAUCCAGAUUUUGCUCGCCGAACGUGGCACCUGUUUCACCCUCUGGAGGGAGACCAUCGACAAUCUGUCCUCCUACAAGGUGUCUGGACCAGCCUUCCACACGAUGUGCCUCUCUUCGGACCACACUCGCCUGGCAGGACUCAGUUUCGACAACUCAAAAGCCGCAAACGACCUCUGGCAGCACAUAGAACGUCUGGUAUCAUGUCCUGAGAACAUCAGUCUGUCCGUCCCCGGGAAGAAAAAGAAGAAGCCACCCCAGAAGAAGGUCGUACUCCCGGCGAAGAGCAACAUCAGCCAGCCCUGUCAGUUCCAGCACGUCACCAGCGUGGAUGCUGCGGACAGAUCGCGUUAUUUCUCUCUGCAGACCCUGGUACCAGCUCUGACGGAGCUGGAGAACUCCUUGGAAGGGACCUUCUAGGCCAAACCGACGAGCAGUAAAGAAAAAUCGCCGAGGAAGGAGUGACGAUCAAGAGAUCCCCUUCGAGAAGCUCUUGACAUCCGGUCGUCUUCGACGGGACCAUGACCUGGUCCUGGAUUUUAGGAUUCGAUCUUCCAAGUCGUCUCCAGGUAGAUUCUGACUCCAGCUGAUACGAACUGGAGAUCUUCACAGAUUGGACUAUCCUGAUAUUUGCUGGAAUGGUUCUCCGGAGACCUUACAUGGGAACGUCUUGGUACCAGGUGAACUAAAUCUGGCGACCUAUCUUGGGAUGAUCCUAAUUCCAGAUCAUGUAAACGAAUGAUCCUGGACCCUGCCGAGGCGGACCUGGAGACCACAAAUUAAAUGACAGCUGAUGUACAUCUGGGGACCUUCAGAAAUUAAAAGAUUCUGAUUAAAUGCCUCCUGAAAAUCAAGAUCGGGUUCGUCAGGAGUCGCAGCAUCCCUUCCACCCUCUUGAAGACCCUGGAGAACCUUUGCGCCGGCUGGCAUUCGAUUCUGGGAGCUGGACCAGCGAUUCCUGGCGGAUGAGACUCCUGGUUUUUUGGAUGCAUCUCCAAUGGGUUUUUUCUAAACCUGAAAAUCAGGAUCGCGUUCGUAAGGAGUCGCAGCAUCCUUUCCACCCUCUUGAAGACCCUGGAGAACCUUUGCGCCGGCUGGCAUUCGAUUCUGGGAUCUGGACCAACGAUUCCUGGCGGAUGAGACUCCUUCUGGUUUCUUGGAUGCAUCUCCAAUGGGUUUCUUCUAAACCUGAAAAUCAGGAUCGCGUUCAUAAGGAGUCGCAGCAUCCCUUCCACCCUCUUGAAGGCCCUGAAGAACCUUUGCGCCGGCUGGCAUUCGAUUCUGGGAGCUGAACCAGCGAUUCCUGGCGGAUGAGACUCCUUCUGGUUUCUUGGAUGCAUCUCCAAUGGGUUUCUUCUAAACCUGGGAUUGAAGCGAAUGCACGCGAGAGAUGCACCAAGGGCGUGCCAGGGAAGAGCAGAGAGCUCGUUUUACUCGUUUACGAUGUAUAUUACGACGCCAGAUAGAGUGUACGUGUAGAUCCCUUGUGUGUGGACCUUAAGCAGGGAAUUGCAUCUGCUUUAGAUCCGUGUCGCGAUUCUCCACACCCGAGAAGGGAACAUUCCCGAGCGAAGAUCGUGUCGGAAUCUGUCGGGUCUGUUGCAUCUGCAUUCUGCGGAUCUCUUUUAACUCGAGUUUCCGACAUCGAGCGAUCUUCGCCUUUCCCGUCGAAAUGUUUGGAAAAUUUUCUAACUUCUCCGCAUUUCCGGAUUCCCCUUAAAAAGUAACAAACGUUCGACACCGAGGAUAGACUAAGUUUAAUUGUCGGUACAAAUAAUUCCUCUUACUUCUAAAUAAUUACAAAUCGUUAUUCUAGGUGGGCACUAAUCAUGAAUUAGUGGCCUCAGGAAAAAUUAGAGAUGUAUGACUCGCAAUUGACUUUUGCAUGCCCUACUCUAAAUAGCGUAGAGUGGUUGCCGAAUAAUAAUUCCCUAUGGCGUGUCCGGAUGUUUCCGGAGGAAUUAUUAAUUAAUAAUUCGAGCGAGGAUGGGAGAAAUCCCGAAGGUCAUUUCGCGAUCCCCAUUAUCAGGGGGGAUUCGAUAUCACCGGCGAUAGGGUUUCAUUCCGUGUUUACUGUAUAAAUAAUAGGACUUGCAUGUCUCCUGAUAGUCCGUUUUAACUUUCCCCGAAUUUCGGGGAUUUAUUCGAGAGCGCGACGAGAGUUCUUAAAUAAAUCGAUAAGUAAUUAAUUAAUUAAAACAGUAGAUCUAGGGACUUUUCCCGAGGCCUCUUCUUGCUCGUGGGACCUAACUAGGGGAGAAUUCCCCACUUGGAGGAUGUCUAGGUAGAAUUAAGAAUUUAUUUCCGAAAUUCUAGGAGACGAUCACAAAAGACUGGAUCAACACCAUCCUGGCGCUUAUCAUUAAGCAUGGAUUAAUUGUAUUUCCUCGAAUCACUUACGAUUAUUCCUAGAAGUACGUCCUGUAAUCGAUACAAUUAAGAUAAGGUGAUAGGAAAGGCGGGAAGAUUUUCAAUUCACCAAAAAUUAACUGUUCUGGCGAAUUGGAUAGGGAGAUAUGAUAUUUAAUUGUAGAGCUGAAAUUUUAUCCAGAAAUUGUCUUUCUCGUCACCUUCGGUUUACCUUCGACGAGACGUCGGAUUUAUCUAGAUGUUAAAUUAUAUUAUAUAAAAGCGUUAUGUUUAUCUACGACUGUGAUAUAAAUAUAUGUAUUUCUAACAUUACGUUCUGUACCACGUAGGCGCAGUUAUUAAUCGGAUCUUAGUUAAGUUGACUUUUGUUAUGUAUGUAUGUCGUAAAUGUGCUAAUAAAAGGUCUCUCCGUGAAAGCUCCGAAAAACAGAA